AUGCAGCUUCCCGAGUUCAUUCAGAGGCACGGGGCAAAGGACAAGCGCGAGAUGAAGGCGGAGGGCGUAGACGGGGACGGGAAUCCCAUAUCGUUCGAGUUCGCGCUGCACGAGCGCCCGCUGCCUGGACACGAGACGGAAGGCGAUGUCACUGCGUGCGUCGAGCUGUCGAUCAAGUACGUGCGCGCCAUUGACAAGGAGCUGGAGUGGCGGAUGCGCGACCUGGAGCUCCUGGAAGGCUCGAAGCUGUUUCGCACUGCCUCGUACGUGUCUGACGACACGAAGCGACUAGAAAACCUUCAAGAAGUGGCUCGGGCAACUGCACAAGUUGUACCACCACAAGCUGCCAGGUAA